CUAAGUUUUUAUUUUAUUUGUAGAGACUGGGGUCUCGCUAUGUUACUCAGGCUGGUCUGGAACUCCUGGGCUCGACUGAUCCUCCGGCCUUGAGCUCCCGAAGCGCUGGGAUUACGGGCGUGAGCCACCGCGCCAGGCUAAGCCAGCCAUUUUUUUUUUUUUUAGACGUUGUCUCGCUCUGUUGCCAGGCUGGAUGCAGUGGCUCCUCCCGGCUCACCGCAACCUCCGCCUUCCGGGUUCAAGCGAUUCUCCGGCCUCGGGUUCCCGAGUAGCUGGGACUACAGGCGCGCGCCACCCCGCCCGGCCCUAGCCAGCAGUUUUUAGGGGGGCUCAGGCUUGAAGCUUGAAUUCACUAAAAGUCCCCAGCUUGGGGAAACACCCGGGAUUCCCAUGAGGGAGGGAGGUAAAGGGCGGCUGGUGAGAGAACAAAGGCUGCGCGUCCGCGUUCGGAGCCGCUGGGCCGCUGGCCUCGCUGGGGACCGGGGCUGCCGCGUCCGGGGUGGCGGGGCUCCGGGACUGUAACCCGGCUGCCGCGGCCCCGCGCUCCUCUCCCGGCCCAGCGCCUCAGCCGGUGCCCAGGAGGGGGCCGCGGAGACUGGCGCGACAGCCAGGGAGGCGCGGGAAACGGGGCGCAGGGCCUCAGGCCCGGCUGCCGCCCGAGUGGGUGAGCAAGCGAGCGACUUGUGAAAUACGCCGCGGCCGGGUCAUCAGCCGGGACCGGGAUCGCGCGGCUCCCAGGGCCAGGUGAAGAGGCCGCCGACUGAGUGCGACGGAGAGGAGGGGCGCCCGGAGACAGAGGGCGACGUUUCCCGAAGUUCACGUCUGCCAGGAUAUGGCUCGUGGACAGCAGAAGAUUCAGUCUCAGCAGAAAAAUGCCAAAAAGCAAGCUGGACAAAAGAAGAAACAAGGACAUGACCAAAAGGCUGCUGCCAAAGCUGCCUUAAUAUAUACCUGCACUGUCUGUAGGACACAAAUGCCAGACCCUAAGACCUUCAAGCAGCACUUUGAGAGCAAGCAUCCUAAGACUCCGCUUCCUCCAGAAUUAGCUGAUGUUCAGGCAUAAGGUUGUUUACAGGUGAAUUCAUGACACCUUUGAGUCUUCUACUGUCUCAGACCUUAGGUAACAUACCUGCAGCUGCUUUUCUAACAAACUGUUGAUCAGCAAAAAUAAAGGGGCUACAGAAACACUCAUUUUUAUGCUGUUCCCUUUUGGGCUUCAUGCAAAGACAAUUCUGUGUAAAUGUACAGUUGACUCUGAUUUGGAAAUCUGAAAAUCAGUCCAUCAUUGUUAUAAAAAAUUUUUUUACAAUUGUAAUUAUAUUGAUGUUCAUAUUGUGUAAAAUAACUCGUUUAAUAAAGUAGUACUUUGAUUUACAACAUCA